AUGUCCGCUUCUCAGGAUACUAUGUCACCGAAUGGUGUUGACGUGAUCAACAGCAUGGAUCAGCUCAAACUCGACGAAAACGAGCCUAGACUUGGGCCUGAUGGGGAGCCCGCUCCCAAGACCGACGAGGAAUAUGCUCAAACGCAACUCACCCUUCGAGCCCUCGUUUCCUCCAAGGAGGCUGGUGUCAUCAUCGGCAAAUCGGGCAAGAACGUCGCCGACCUCAGAGACGAGACUGGCGUCAAGGCCGGCGUCAGCAAGGUCGUCCAGGGCGUUCAUGACCGUGUCUUGACUAUCACAGGUGGCUGCGAGGGAAUCUCCCGCGCCUACGCCAUCGUUGCGCAGGCUCUUCUCGAGGGCGCUCCGGCCGUGGGCAUGGGAGGCGUCGUUCAAAACACGGGAACUCACCCGAUCAAACUUCUUAUCUCCCACAACCAGAUGGGCACCAUUAUUGGUCGCCAGGGCCUGAAGAUCAAGCAUAUCCAAGAUGUGUCAGGCGUCCGUAUGGUUGCGCAGAAGGAGAUGCUACCCCAGUCAACGGAGAGGAUUGUCGAGGUACAGGGUUCGCCGGAGGGCAUUAGGGCCGCUAUUUGGGAGAUCUGUAAGUGCCUCGUCGACGAUUGGCAGCGCGGUACUGGCACUGUGCUGUACAACCCCGUUGUCCGCACGCAGACGGGUGGCUCGACUCUGGGCGGUGCUAGCUCCGGGUACGGCACUGCAGGCGGCAGGAAUCAGGACUACGGCAGCCCUCGCGUGCUACGAACAGGCAAUGGCGCCGAUUUCAGCAACGGUGGUUCACGCACCUACAACCGCCGCUCAGAUUCUGACGCAGCCACCCGUGGCCCUCCCACGCACGACGAGAAUGGUGAGGAGAUUCAGACCCAGAACAUCAGUAUUCCCGCCGACAUGGUUGGCUGCAUCAUUGGUCGUGGCGGGAGCAAGAUCAGUGAGAUCCGCAAGACGUCGGGCGCCCGCAUCUCCAUCGCUAAGGCCCCGCACGAUGAAACCGGAGAGAGGAUGUUUACCAUCAUGGGAACAGCCAAGGCGAAUGAGACGGCUCUGUUUCUCCUGUACGAGAACCUAGAGGCCGAGAAGAUGCGCCGAAGCCAGGCGCAGUCUCCCGAGUAG